AAUCAUGUGCAACACCUCAUUCGAAUAUUUUGAUUCACCACACAAAUAAAACUAUGUUCAUGCCUGAAGAUACAAUUGAGUAUACAUGUUUGGAAGGAUAUAAAACUGCAAAUAAUACUCCAACUGGUACCACAAGGUGUGGCAUAAAUGGUGAAUGGAGUCCAACGCCCCAGUGUCUUGCUAUAGAAUGUGAAAUGCUGACAUUGCCCAAUGGAAAUUUUUCUCCCAAGAAGGGUAGAUACCGCAAUGGAGAGGUGGUGAAAUUUACCUGUGCAAGCAAAUACGUGAGAGUGGGAUCUGCCUCUGCUCAGUGCUAUCACUUUGGAUGGUUUCCAUCACCACCAGUCUGUAAAGUGAACGCCAGAGGCUGUGGACCUCCACCUGAGAUUACUAAUGGAAGUAUUGCUGGUGACCCUGUGGAACAGUAUCAGCAUGGGGACAGCGUACAAUAUGAAUGCAACAUCGAAUUUAAAUUGGUUGGAUCAAAGGAAAUAGAAUGUGUUGAUGGACAAUGGUCGUCAUCUCCCUCUUGCAUUGAAGACAAAAUGCCAUGUGGAUCACCUUCCUCUAUUCCAAAUGUUGUUCUUCGUCAGGAAGACCAUGCCCAGUUUUCACAUGGUGAUGAAGUAAUUUGUGGAUGUAAACGAGGCUCUGGCAAUUCUAAGGAAAUGAAAAUAAAAUGUCUUAAUGGGGAAUGGAAGCCUUUACCUCUUUGUGCCGAUCCAUCUCCUCAGUGUGUACCUCCACUGACUGUUGAGCUUGUGGACAAUGGUCGUCUUUCCAAGCCAAAAAAGGAGACUAGGUCCCAUGGAGUUAUACGUUAUAGAUGUAGAUCAGGUGGCAGGACUGUUAAACAGGCAACUUGUGUGUCUGGAAAAUGGUCACCAGAGAUUGAAUGUACAGCUGAGGAGAGUACAUGCCCACCUCCACCUCAGGUGCCUGGUGCUCAAGAGAUAACAAUUGGAAGAAAUUACAAGAAUGGGAGUAAAAUAACUUUUUCAUGUUUGGAGAGUUUCCAGCUCAUCGGUGCGAAUGAAAUAACAUGUAUAGAAGGGAAAUGGCAAUCACCACCUUACUGUGUGGAAAGAUCAUGCUUGCCACCACAACCCAUAGAAUGUGCUGAUGUUCCCAGGCUGGAAAAUCAAAACUUCAAAAGUAAAAAAGAAGGGAAAACAAUUUAUCUGGCUGGUGCUAGAUUUAAGUAUGUUUCUCGUUCUGGAUACAUCUUAGAUGGACCAUCAGAGAUAACUUGUUCCAAGGGAAACUGGACUUCAGCUCCUACAUGCAUGGAAAUGCCGUGCGGAAGUAUUCCAAAAGUUGCCAAUACUCAAAUUGAAGGCAGAAACAAGGAAAUUUAUGAGCCUGGUGAAACAAUUCGCUACCAGUGUGAUGCAGGGUUCCUGAUUGUUGGUCCCCCAGAAAUUAUAUGCAGAGAAGGAAAUUGGACAGCACCUCCCUUCUGUGAAG